AUUACAGCGACACUGUGCGGUAUGCUUGUGCUGUUUACACCUCAGUGGUCUCAGACAGACAUCGAGACAUGUGGCCGAGACAUUCUCAAAUAUAUAACGACUUAGCAGUGCAAUCUAUUCGGCUACAUUCUGUUUUUGUUCGUGCUACUUGGAUUAACCAAUACACUGAAAUACGUGGGACAGCUGAAAAUAAACAACCACGCGAAUUUUCUAGGUAUUGAGUUAGCCUUCGGGCGUCACCUGGCCUUUAGGGACAAAUAGCACUGUCAACGAUGGCUGGUGGAUCAUUAAACGACGGGCAGACUCCAGAUGGCUGCACAGAGCUGGAGGAGGCGGAUCGAUGUCCUAUCUGUCUUGGUGCCCUGGGCCGCUGUGUUCUGGCAAUGCCUGAGAGCUGCUGCCAUGUCUUCUGCCUUAGCUGCCUCCUUAGAUGGGCAGAGUUGCAGGCAGUCCCCUCAUGCCCAGUGGACAGGCGGCCUUUCAGUGUCGUCUACAAACGUGAUGCCGUGUUGGGAUGUGUGACGGUUCCUGUGAAGACUAGAGUUGGCCCGUCAGAGUCUGAGAGGUGUGGCUGCACGGACGCGGGAGUCAGUGGCUGUUGGCUGAAAAGUAAACAAGGGGGACGAUUGAGGAGACCGAAAACCGAAAGGGCAUCAGAAGCCAAAGUCAAAGGCCUAAUUCGUAAAUGUAGCGAUGAUGACUCCUCUGUGUUGAGCAAGAAGGUGAGGGGACCUUUGUGCUCUUGGUCUCCGGCCCAGACUGGCACAGCAAUUGGAACUAUGAGACAGUGCAUUGCAGAACCACUUUGGGUGCCCGAGGAGGAGAUAUCUGAGGAUGACUGUAAGCAGUGCAGCCACAAAACACUUGGGCCUGUUGCUGUACCUAUUCCUGCCAGUGGCAACUCAAGGCAAUGCUUCCAACCAUCUAAAUGGAGCAGCAGCCCCUUUCCUUUGAGACCUCUCUCGCCUUUCUCUACUUCUGCUUCUCCUCUCGGCUCAGGGCAUUUUGUCUUUCAGGGGAGAGUUUGUGCAGUCACUUGCCCGAAAGGUGAGGAGAAGGGGACCCGUGGCUCUGGCUCCGGCUCCAAAGGCCCUUCCAAACCGGCAGAGGCCCUGGUUACUAGGCGAUCUGGCCGCCACAGUAGGACGGAGGAAGAAGCUCCUACCCAAGACCCUGCAUCUUCGCAGUCUCAAUCUUCUGAUUCCGACACAUUCACAAACCCACCUGCAAAGGCAGGAAAAAGCACCUCUGCCACAGCUAAGAGGAAGGGCAAACAAGCAGCUAAGCGAAAGCCUAGCGCCAAGAGGAAAGCCCCAGCCAGAAAAAAGGCCUCCAAAGUCGUCCUCAGUAGCCCUUCGGGAAGUGAGGAAGAAGAAGCCAAAGAGGAGGAGGAGGUGGAACAGCAGGAGGAAGGUGUAGAUGAAAUGGAGCUGCUCUUAGACCCUGCUGGGAGCCCAGAGGUGGUGCAGUGCCUCUCCAGUCCUGCUGAGGAGGAAGGCAGUCCCCAACGUUCUGUUGCUGAAGACAUGAAAGAGAUUGAGGAUCUGCAGAGCAAAGAGGAAGAUGAACAAAGGAAGACCGGAGAGGUGGAGGACCUGUCGCCACCAUUGGAUGUAGAGCUGAAUACCCCUGUGCUCUCUCCGGAGCGUGCUGCAGAGAAACGCCAGUACGACGCAGAAGACCUGGACAAAAGUAAAUCGCCUACCUCUUCUAAUUCACCCGAGAGGCCAUUGGAGAGCCCCCAGUCUGUGCAGUCGGGACAACUUGGGGAGGAAGAUGCUGACGUCAUGGAAGCCACUGCUGAUCUAACAGAAGUGAAAUCGGAUGGUGAUGUCGCAACGGAGAAAGCAGCGUCCUCUCCCUGCCCCACUGCAGAACCUGAAUCAUGGUCCAGCUCUACUCACUGUGACUCUCCGAAUGAGAGUGUAACCCAAAAAGUCCAAGGCACCUCUGAGGGGAAGGUUCUAGAGAAUGCAAUACCACAUGAUCCCAAGGGCUGCCCAAGUGAGAUAUCGGGAGCUGUCAGCAAAGAGGACCGUCUAUAUCAGGAUGACACCGACGCAAUACCCAUGGACUGUGAUUCACCAAGCAGUGAGCACAGCCCCAACCAGGCCCCUGACCCUCCCAAGGCUACUGAAAGUACAGCUCUGGAAUGCACAAGCCAGGCCCCUGAAGACGAACGGAAUGGUGGCAGGCAAGAGAACUCGGCCGGGGAGGACAAGGUGGAGGAAAGGAAGAAUAGCAGGCAGCACAAGUCACGCUUCCACUCUGCAGCCACCACUUGGUCUCCCAAGAGAGAGGCUAAGCGGGACUCGUCGAGGAGAUCCCGCUCCAGAUCUCGGGAGCGCAUCAGGGAGCGGCAGGCUUCUGGCAGCCCUUCCUCCAGCCGCAGCCGGGAACGGGAUGCUGAGCGGGAUGCCCCCAGGAAAGACCGCAGCCGGGACUGUGACCGCAGCCGGGACCGUGACCGCAGCCGGGACCGCAGCCGGGAGAAGAAGAGUAGGAAGCGCUCGAGAAGUCGUUCCAGAUCUCCUUCGCGUUCCCGGUCCUACCGAAGAGGGAUGUCCCCAGAGCGACCUGACUCGGCAGGGCAGUCACCACGGAGAAGGGAUCGCUGGUCUGGAGAUGGAUGGAGGGCUGGUCAGGGUAGCGACUCCUCGCGAAGGAAUUUCCAAGACAGGACGGCCAGAGACACAGGAGGCUCAGAAAAUGGUGGCUUUGCUGAGGUUUCCCCGAGCAGGGAAAAUCCUGACUGGGUUACAGAGAAGGCGCGCGCCGAUACAGAGUCCAGAGCGACAAGUGGACCUCGCUGGGAUGAUAAAGGCUGGAGCUCAGAUCGUGGACGAGGCACUGGACGAGGCCGAGGGGCCUACGGGACCUCCAACCAGCAGGGGGAGUCGACAGAUAACCGCUGGCAGCAGAGAAACACAUUCUCAGGGACCUCGAACAAUUCAGGGGGUGACUCGUACAGCCGAUUCAACGAGAACCGCGGUGGCCGCAGGAAGGAGCCUGAAAUGGGUGAAUCGAUGAUGGAUCGCUCCGGCUGGUCAUCGGCUUCCAGUUGGGCUGUGCGGAGGACCCUCCCGGCAGACGUGCAGAACUAUUACUCCAGGAGAGAUCGCGGGGGAGGGGCAGGCUCUGGCAUCUGGAGCAGGCAGGAGGAGCCGUCUACAGCAGAUCCACCUCAGAACGAGCCUAAUGCGCAGCCGAGUGCCCAAGGAGAAGCUCCACCCACCCAGAACGUCAUGCCCCCUCAGCUGAACGUUCUCCAUUACCCCAUGGGUCCACGAGGCCCGCCUGUCAGCUUGCAACCACCCCCCUUCGGGAUUCUUCCUCAGGUCCCUAUGCACCUCCACUCCUCAGUGCCUCUCUUGCAGGUCCCCGUAACGGCUGCCCAGGGUCUACCGCCCCCUCCUCCACCCCCGCCUCCCAUGCAGCAGGGCAGCAUGAUGGCCAUACAGGCAGAUAGCCGGGCAACACAGAUGAUGAGCAGCUUGGCAGGCCAUGGCAAAGCCCCUCUCAUGCCCACCAUGACCAAAGUAGGUGGUGCCACCACAACUCAUUCACACAGCGUAGCUAUGCCAUCCUCCACCACCCAACACAGCAGGGCCCCCCAGCCAGACAGUUCCAAGAAAGAAAAGAAACAACAGAUCCAGGAGAGAGCCGUUAAUGAAGUCAAAGCAGCCAUCAAACCCUACUACCAAAAGAAGGACAUCACCAAGGACGAGUACAAAGAAAUUGUUCGCAAAGCAGUUGAGAAGGUCUGCCAUAGCAAAAGUGGGGAAGUGAACUCUGGAAAAGUGGCUAACUUGGUGAAGGCCUAUGUCGACAAAUACAAACACGCUCGCAAGAAAUGAACCCUGACACCUGCUGAGGGGAACAGUCUCAGCCGAUCUGCUUAAGUGCAAUUUCUACCAGCUGUAACACAGCCUCUCCACUGACAGGCUGGGGUUUUGAUAUCUCUUACCUUGAAUUACGAUUUUUCUAUAGAUUUCUUAUUUUGUUUAGAAAUAAUCCAAUUGGUUACCGAGUGUGAGAAGUCCUUCGUUUCUAGUAGAUUUUGUGGCUUGGAAACUACUAUGAGAUUUCCAGAAUAGCUGGAGCGGUUAGGUUAGCAACACCUGUUCUCAGGUGAGAUGGACAUGGAGCUAUUGGUAGUACUGAGGACAUCGCCCUCUCAUGGAGCCAGCUAGUACUAUGAAUUUCUCCCACUCUUCACCGGGGACCUUCAAAUUACUUUUUAGUUGAAAAAAAAUUGUGUAAUUGUUUCAUUUGUUUUGUUUUUUUUAAUAAAUAUUAUAUUAUGAUUCUGGUGAACUAGGUAAACGUGCAUUGCCUUUAUGACUGUUGCCACAUCUCAAACCUUGUGGAUUGGGUAUGUUUAUUUGAGUGUGAUUGUAUCAGGGAUCUGAUUGGUUGAGUUAGAGAUCAGUCAGCCAAUCGGCAGUGAAUGUUUAAUGUAAAGAAUGGGUCGGGGCAGAUCAGGUGAAAAACGUCCAAGGCCCUUGUGUAAAAUUUGCUGUGUGAAUAUUGUGCGAAAUUCCCAGAGCAAUGAAAUAAAUGAGCUACUUCCUGUAUUUGUCUAUGUAUAUAUGUCUUUGGACUUGUAGAGAAGUUGGUGACCCAUUAAUUAAUUUCCAAUUCAGAAUUGUUAUUUAAAUACUUUAAAGACCUGCAUUACUGAGUUUAUGUAAACUCCUAGGAAAGAUGUGACAAAAUCAAAGCCAUACUCUGUAAUAUAAGAUAUGCAUACCUAAGAUUUUUUUCCCAAAAUGCAUCUGUAAAUUAGACAUUUCUAUUUUUGAACUGUUUGAGGGAUAAUAGUGCAAAUUGAAUGAACAACCAGAGCUGACAUGGUUAGGCUUCACUAUAGUUGUUGGGGACUAUAUCCUUGUGAUAGGCUGAAUAGUUUGAAUACAUUAAUCAAACUUAACUUCCUUUAAUGAAAAUGAAAUUUCCAUAUAAUGCUGUAGAAAAGCAAUGAUGCACUCUAGGUUGUUCAAUUUUGUACGGUGUUACAAGGUUGUUCUUUUAGCAUUGCUAUGCUAUUCUACAGUAUUUUAAAGCACAGUUGGGCUAUGAAAGUUGUUUACCUUGCCUGUCGUGCAGUUGAUUCCAAAUAACUGCUGCUGAAACUUUUUUUCUUUUCCUCUUGAAGGUAUAUUCUUUUCUACAUCAAUGAUAAGUCAUUAACUAUUGAGAAAUGGGUACUUUGUUUAAAUUAGGAGAGUUAAAUAAUCUCAUUAAGAUGCUUUAAAUAGAUGGGAUAUGUUGAGUUGAUUGUACUGAAAAUAUUAUGGACUAGGUUUAUAAAGUUGUCUUAAUUUAUCAAGGUUUUUUUGUUUUAGUUUGAGACCGCAUUAUUUUUAUACAGUAUUUUAGAAAAGCAGUUGCAUGCACUGCUUGUAAACCUGAAUGUGCAUUACUAAAUUCACCAGCAGGGCGAGCUCUUGUCAAGGUCAUUGUCUGUUAUUUAAAUCAACCCACCAUUUCAAAAAACAUAUUUGAUCAGAUCCAGUUCAUCAAUUGGAAAGUUGUUUUUACGGUUGUAGGCAUCAAAAAUAAAUGCAUCGUAUCACAUGCCUGUAUGGUA